AUGGAAGUGUUUGUCAAAGAACCAUCGGAGCAUAGUCAUGCACCUAAUCCAGAUCGUGUUCAUGUUAUUCGAUUGAAACAUGAAAUUAAAGCCCGUGGUUCAUCAUCGGAUGAAGCGACCAGCAUUAUAUUAUUUGAUGCAUUACGUAGUAUUCCAUUGAAUGCAGUUCCUGGCUUACCAACGAACAAUGCAUUAAUGCAAACAAUUCGUCGUCAACGACAACCAGUACAACUUGAUGAAAAUGGUCAAUUGCCGUUUGUAUUUCAACUAACUGAUCGUGGAGAGAAUUUCGUCUUAUUUGAAGAUCAAUCUAUGCUGAUAUUUACGUGUGAUAAAAAUUUAACAACUUUAAAGCAAUGUAAACAUUGGUUUAUGGAUGGUACUUUCAGUAUAUGUCCAAAAAGCCACUACCAAUUAUUUACUGUUCAUGGCAUGUUUUUUCUUCAAAUUAUUCCACUGGUGUACGUCCUGCUUAUUGGCAAAGCUGCUGAUGAUUACAAUGAUUUUUUCGAUCAGUUGCUGUUGCAGCAUGAUUUUGAACCCGAAUCUAUUUUAGUAGAUUAUGAGAGUGCAACAUUGAAGUCAAUCAAAACAAAAUUUCCAAAUGUUGAUUCGAUAGGAUGUCUAUUUCAUAUGGGUCAAUGCUUAUGGCGAGAAUUGCAAACUUUAGGCUUUCAGAAUAAAUACACCACCAAUGAUAAAUUUCGAAUGAACGUAAAGAAGCUAAUGGCACUUGCCUUUGUGCCUGUUUCGGAUGUGGUUAAAGCCUAUGCAGUAAUUGUUGAUGAUUUUGAAGAAGAAGAUUAUCUAUUACUUGAUUAUUUUGAACGAGUUUGGGUUGGACAAAAGCUAGGUCGAGGUAUUAAACGUGGUCAACCAAAAUUCAGUUUGCAGCUUUGGAAUAUGUACGAAAGGGUUAUUCAUGAUUUACCAAGAUCAAACAAUUCAAUAGAGGGAUGGCAUCACGCAUUCAACAAUCGAGUAUCGAUUAAACAUCCCUCUAUCGUCAAACUUACUAAAUGUAUUCUACGCGAACAAUCUCGAUUCGAGGUUGAUAUUGAACGACUACGUGCUGGUGCACCUCCACAAAAAAAGAGAAAACUAUAUGCAGAUCUUGAUGCACGUUUAAAAACAGUCACGCUAUCGUAUAAUAUUCAUAACAUUGAUGAUUAUCUAAACCGAAUUGCAAUGAACUUGAAAAUAGGAGUUUGA